AUAGAGGUCGUAUUACUCAAACUUCUUCCCCAAUCCUCCUGUAAAAGCUCUCUGCAAAACCUCGUGCCUCACUGGUAAAGUCCUCCUUUCUGUCAUCUUGCCCCCUCCCCUCGCUGCCGCUGUGGUACAGUCCAAACUCAGGAAUAAACUGAAUUCCUCGGCGUGUACGGACCUGACUGGACUCUCAAUAUGGCGGCUCCCACUACGAGAUACAGCGCCUGGGAGCCGCCAUCUUGCCUCCUGAACAAAGCCGCCGAGGGUGCAGACUGGGCCAAACCGCCCAGUACGGAACAGCGCAGGCUCAGGAGCCCCGCGCUGUACUCUCCCAGACAGGAAGCGGGAGAGUUCGCCAGUAUGGCUGUGACAGCCGUCCCGGCUAAAGCGGUGAUGGGCGUUUCAGGACCUGAUAAGAGAGCCGCAAGUCGGAAGGCGGCUAUGUGCGAUCAGUUUUGACAACGCCUGGAAUACUCCAUAUAAAACAGUCUCCCUGUCAUGGGAGCAUUCAGUUCCUCUGAACCAGUUGUCUUGUCUGCAUGACUCCUCCUGGGACUGAAAAAAAUUGACCAGGCAUCUGCCCUGUUGGAAGAGAGCAGAAAAUGAUGAAGUCCCAGGUGGUGGAGUAUACAGUGUUCUCACCAACACUCCUGUGGGCUUAGUAUCAUUCAAGGAUGUGGCUGUGCAUUUUACCCAAGAGGAGUGGCAGCAACUGGACCCUGCUCAGAGGACCCUGUACAGGGAUGUGAUGCUGGAGAACUUCAGCCACCUGGUCUCAAUGGGAUAUCCAGUUUCCAAACCAGAUGUCAUCUCUAAGUUGGAACAAGGAGAAGAUCCAUGGAUCAUAAAGAGAGACAUACCAAAUUGGAUCUUUCCAAAUGAAAAUCAGGACGAUGGGAGACAAGACAGGAAAAGUAACCUUGACAACCCCAAAGCAUGUAUUUUGGGGUCUGUUUCCUUCCGUAAUAAUAUCCUGAAAGGAGUCACAAAGGAUGGUUCAUUGUACUCCAUCUUAAAAGUCUGUCAAGAUGGUGGCCAGCUGCAGAGAUGUCAUGAAAACCAAGACAAGCUUUUCAGGCAAGUAACAGUCAUUAACAACAAAACAGUGACUGUGGAGUCAGGACAUAAAUAUAAUGCGUUGGGAAAAAUAUUUCGCGAUUGCAUAGAGCCAGAUACUUUAAGACAAAGAUCCCAUAACUAUGAUGUAUUUAAAAAGAACUUGAAAUAUCAUAUUGACCUACGUAGUUGUAAUAAGAGCAAUUCAAGAAAAAACCCUGAUGAGAGUUUUGGAUGUGGAAAAUCAUCUAGCCAUGGUGCAUCUGAUUCUAAUCUUGAGAAAAUUCACAAUGGAGUAAUGCCCUGUAAUAAUAAUCAGUGUGGAAACAUUUUUAGUAGUAAACAAUCCCUUAUUCAAUAUCAGAAUGUUGAAACUAAGGAGAAAACCUGUGUAUGUAUUACAUGUGGAAAAGCCUUUGCUAAGAAGUCACAGCUCAUUGUACAUCAACGAAUUCAUACUGGAAAGAAACCAUAUGAUUGUGGUGCAUGUGGGAAAGCCUUCAGUGAGAAGUUUCAUCUCAUCGUACAUCAGAGAACUCAUACUGGGGAGAAACCUUAUGAAUGUGCUGAAUGUGGAAAAGCCUUCUCUCAAAAAUCUUCCCUCAUUAUACAUCAGAGAGUUCACACUGGGGAAAAACCGUAUGAGUGCAGUGAAUGUGGGAAAGCCUUUUCCCAGAAAUCACCCCUCAUUAUACAUCAGAGAAUUCACACUGGAGAGAAACCUUAUGAAUGUAGAGAGUGUGGGAAGGCCUUCUCCCAGAAGUCACAGCUGAUAAUACAUCAUAGAGCUCAUACUGGAGAGAAGCCAUAUGAAUGUACUGAAUGUGGAAAAGCCUUCUGUGAGAAGUCCCAUCUCAUUAUACAUAAAAGAAUUCACACUGGGGAGAAACCGUACAAAUGUGCUCAGUGUGAGGAAGCCUUCAGCAGGAAGACAGAACUCAUUACACAUCAGUUAAUUCAUACUGGGGAGAAACCUUAUGAAUGUACUGAAUGUGGAAAGACCUUCUCCCGGAAGUCACAGCUCAUCAUACAUCAGAGAACGCAUACUGGAGAGAAACCCUAUAAAUGCAGUGAAUGCGGAAAAGCCUUCUGUCAGAAAUCACAUCUCAUUGGACAUCAGAGAAUUCACACAGGAGAAAAACCUUACGUAUGCAGUGAAUGUGGGAAAGCCUUCUCUCAGAAGUCCCACCUCCCAGGGCAUCAGCGCAUUCAUACAGGAGAGAAACCUUACGUAUGUGCUGAAUGUGGAAAGGCCUUUUCCCAGAAGUCAGACCUUGUUUUACAUCAGAGAAUUCAUACUGGGGAGAGACCCUAUCGGUGUGCUGUAUGUGGGAAAGCAUUCAUUCAAAAGUCACAACUCACUGUACACCAGAGAAUUCAUAACAGUGGUAAAAUCAUAAUGAACUGAACACAGAAAAGCCUUCUCAGUAUUAGCUCAAGCCUUAAUAAAUAUAGGAACCUGACUGAUUUGAUAUUUAUGGGACAUCUUUAUAGAUAAAAUUGUAGAAGAGAAUUCAUGUCUGUAGUGUGGUGAUACCUAGCUCAGCAAAGAUGAUGGAAAAUAAUCAUAAAUGAAGAACAUUUUCAACAUGGUGUAUAAAACGUUUAAAGUUAUGGUCAGUAGAACAAAUUAUGUAUAUAGAAUAUUGUCAAGUUACAUAUUCUUUAUUAUACUACAUUAACAAUAACCAGACAUUGUGAAAUUGCUAAUAUUAGCUUGGCAUAAUUUUGGCCAUACAGUAAUUCCCAAUAAAGGACAUAAGGAAAGCUUGAGUAAAAAGAAAAAGAAAGAAAAUCAACUCCUAGAAACUACAUUAUUAGGAGGGGCUUGGCAUGACCCCUAAAGAUACAUGUAAAAUUCUUGCACAAAGAUAGGUGGAUCAGAUUCAAUACAGGUGAUGUUUAUGCAUUUUCCCAUCUCAAGCAUAUAAGUUGACCUGUCUCUCUGGAAGGAUCCUGGACCUUGAAAUCAGUGCGCCUUGACCUGAUCUCCCAUUUAUUCUUCCUCACUGAGAGUUUGGUAUUGUGGAAAUGCUUUGGUACUGAGCCAGAUGGUCUUGUGUUUUAAUCCUGGCUUAGCUACUCACAGAUUGUGUGACUUCAAGCAAGCCUGCUUCACCCAUCUGAAUAUUUUCUGUUAUCAUUAAAAAAAUGUAGAGCACAUUUUCAGUUAAUAUUAGUUCUUUUUAUCUUUCUCUUUAUCCUCCUGCAACUGGAUGCUAAGACUAAUGUGUAAAAACUACAUCUAAACUUGCUUUGCAUUCCAGACACUCUGCUCUUGAUAUCCCAUUCCCAUGACUGUUCAUUUUACUGUCUUUGACCCUGGUAGCCUUGAUUCUUGGUAUGUUAAAGUGACAUUUUAUUGUGCUUUUAUUAUUUUUUACAUACAUUUAUAUAAACUGGUGAUUACACAUAAAGAUCCUGUCUAAUGUCUCUCCAGUUCUUUUCUGACUCCUGCCCUCCCCACAACUGUUUUCCCUGGGAACAAAGGACACUUGCAGAGCAAAACUCUUGGGAUGAGAAAGUAUGCCUGCCACAGAUUUGAGAAUUUGAUAUCUCUAAAAUAUCUCUUGCUCUCUUUCCUGUUGUUCUGCCUAUUCCUCCAUGAGCACCCUUAUUUGUGGUGCCUGCAGAAGGGCAAUACUUGGCAAGAAUGAGGGUGUCUGUAUACUUAUGUUCACAUAGUUCUUCAUAUAGUUCCUGCUUGAUUCCUUCACGUUUCCUGCCCACCUGAUCCUCUUCCUGAAGGGCUGAACUGUCUCUUAAGAAAAAAUGGGGACCCUCUGGGUAAGAACCUCUGCAGGGGAGAGGACAUGCCUAACGGGGAUGUGAGACAUUCCUAGUUUGUGUGGAUAAAUUCUUGACUUCAUUAUGAACAGUGAGCUGAGAACACUCACAUCAGAUAUAAAUUGACCAUUCAGACCCAGGAAAGAAGGCCUAGGAGUACAGAUUUUGGGUUUAGCUACUCUGACAUUUUCUCAUGGAAGAUGUCUCAACUGAUCCUUAUGAGGCAUGAGAAGGACCAAAAAAUAAAAUAAUUUUGUGAACACACAGAAAUUUAGUGAAGAGCGAGUUCUAUAUAGUGACAGCUAUGGGACUAAUGUAGAUAUAACAAAGAUUCAUAAUUCCUACUUUACAGGCCUCCCAUUUGGUUUCCCACUGUCACAAACCUCCAGCCAACCUUGUUGAUCUGAUGAUGGACUUCUAUAAGUAUCCCAAUUUAGACUUAGCACCUACUAAUUUAAUACUUCACCACUUCUUUUUUGAGCAUUUUAUUAGAGGAGCUAAUCAGUGCAAUGCAGCAAGAAUAGGAAAAUAGGCAUAAGGAUUAGAAAGGAAAAAGUAAUAUAGACAUUGUAGAUUAUGCAAUUAUGUAUAAGAAAAGCAAAGAUAUACUGA